AUGCAACUUGAAGAACUCACAGAACAGCUCAUGAGCGCCGCGAGCCUCCAAGAGCAGCAGCCACCCACACAAGCCCAGCCCGUGGAGGGGUCCGCUCCCGAUGCCACCAAGCCCGCGCUGCCGCCCGGCCUGGCCGCCAACGCCGGCAAGACCACCGCCGAGAUCCUCGCGGACCUGAACCGCUCGCCACUGUUCAUGACCGAGAUGGAGGAGGACAACGACGACAUCGCCGCGCUGCAGGCCCUCGACUACGAGGGCUCGCCGCUCGAGAACGCCUCCGACUUCAAGGAGCGCGGCAACGAGCGCUUCCGCGCCCGCGGCGGCCUCCCCGACGCGCGCGAGUUCUACACCCGCGGGGUGCUCCUGCUCACCGCCGAGGAGCGCAAGCGCGCGCGCGGCGAGGUCACACGGAACCCGGAGGGCGAGGCAGACUCGGAGGACGAGGUGGCGGCGCAGAGGGCGACGCUGGCGGCGCUGCACGUCAACCGCGCGGCGUGCCAGCUGGGGCUGGAGAACUACCGCGCCGCGUGGCUGGACUGCGUGGCCGCGCUGCGGCUGGACCCGCGCGCGGUCAAGGCGUACUACCGCGCCGCGCGCGCCCUGCUGCGCGUCGACCGCGUCGCCGAGGCGGCCGACAUGUGCACCCGGGGCCUCUCCUUCGAGCCCUCCAACGCGCCGCUCGGCGCCCUCGCCGCCGAGAUAUCCGCACGCACCGCACAGCUCGACGAGCGGCGGCGCCGCGACGAGGACCGGCGGGAAGCGACGCGGCGGCAGGAGAGACUUCUGAGAGCGGCGCUGGCGGCGCGCGGGAUACCGACGCGCUCCACGCCGAAGCCGCCGGAGAUGGAGGACGCGCGGGUGCGGCUGGGGCCGGGCGCGGGCCUGGCGUUCCCGGUGCUGCUGCUGUACCCGGAGCACGGCGAGAGCGACUUCGUCAAGGCGUUCGAGGAGACGCAGUCGCUGGCGGACCACCUGGGUUACGUGUUCCCGCUGCCGUGGGACGCCGCGGGCGCGUACCGCCUGGAGGCGGUGUCGUGCUACGUCGAGACUAGGGAUGGUGGGCUGCUCAAGAUGGGCAAGAAGGCGUCCCUACUCAAGGUGCUGAGCACGGGCAGGGUUGAGGUCGUCGACCAGUUGCUCCGCGUCUUCGUCCUGCCGACGGACAAGGCCGACGGGUGGAUCGCCAAGUUCAAGGAGCAAAAGGCAAAGGAAAUGGGCAGGGCUUAG